CUCGACUGUCGAGCAGUAGUGAUGACACUACAGACUUAGCUAUUCAUACAUAUGUAUAUAUCAAAAGCCUUAACAUAAAUUCGAAAGUUUACAGAAAAUUUAAAUGAACUUGUAAGCCGGAGAACUGGCAAGUCAUUCGCGGCAUCAUACGUUGCAGUGAAAUUGCGGUGGAUUUAGAUAUUGUCGAUGUGAAUUGUGAAAGCUUACUUGCUAAAAUUACUCUCCAUUAUUAAUCAUGGCUAACAAUAAAGCAGGAAAAGUAGAGAAGAAAAAUAGUUUAUUAGUAAAAAUCUAUCUGUUGGCCUACAAUUUUUUGCAAGUUGUUGGUUGGUCAUACAUCUUAUAUCAAUUAGUUAAUUUUUAUUAUAAAAAUGAGCAUGAGAAGAACACUUUGUGGAAUAAUGUGUACAUAUCAGUUAUCAUUUUUCAAAAUGCUGCUGCUUUAGAAAUCAUACAUGCAGUAUUUGGAUUAGUAAAAUCAAAUCCAGUUGUUACAACAUUUCAAGUUUUGAGUAGAGUCAUGGUUGUUUGUGGUGUUAUUAUUGCGACUCCUGUUACAUAUGCUGCUGCAUCUCCAGGACUGCCAUUAGCCUUAUUCGCCUGGUCUAUAACUGAAAUAAUCCGAUAUGGAUAUUAUUUUGCAAAUCUUGUUGGGCAUGUUCCCCAUUUUCUUGUUUGGUUAAGAUACACAACAUUUAUUGUACUCUAUCCUAUUGGAGUAACUGGAGAGCUUCUGUGCUUUUAUGCAGCAACAAAGUACACAAAUCUAAACCAAAAAGCCUAUAGUUAUACUCUUCCUAACACUUGGAACUUUACAUUCAGUUAUCAUUACUUCCUCAUCAUAGUCAUGCUUUUAUACAUUCCACUUUUCCCUCAACUCUACUUGCACAUGUUUUCUCAGAGGAAAAAGGCUUUAGGAACAAAUGAAAAAAUUUCUAAAAAAGUUAAUUGAAACAAAAUAAUGUUACAAUAUCAUGAGUACAAACUUCAAACUGGGAUAAUGAGUAUAUUAGAAUUUUUGUAAGUUUCUUGCAUUGAAUGAAUUAUUAUCUUGCCCUAUGUUAUUGUACAUAGUUUGUCUUGGAACUAACUGGUUCUAAAAGGAAAUGUUUAUAUAAAUCAUCUAUACUAUUGUUAUUUUUAAGUUUUUAAUAAUAUUUUAGUAAUUAUAAUCCAACAUUGGGAUUAAGGUAAUAGUUUAUACUUUGUAACUUUUUGUUUGAAAAAUAAAAACAAAAAAUCUUCAA